AUGCACUGCCUCUUUUGGUUGUUGUCCGUGUGGAUCCUGUGCCUGUUUGGGCCAAACUCCCAGGCUCAACUUAUCCGCGUUCCCAUGCAAUUUCAGGCCUCUUUUAUGGCCAGUCGUCGUCAACAUCGUGCCGGUAGAUCGUCUCUCCUGGCCAAGUACAAUGUGGUUGGUGGACAGGAGGUUACGACACAGAAUGGUGGAGCCACCGAAACGCUGGACAACCGGUUAAACUUGGAGUACGCAGGACACAUCAGUAUUGGCACUCCGGGUCAACCGUUCCACAUGCUCUUCGACACUGGAUCGGCCAAUCUGUGGGUGCCCAGUGCCGAGUGUUCGGCCAAGAACUUGGCCUGUCAGCACCAUCAUCGCUAUAACGCCAGUGCCUCGAGCAGUUAUGUUCCGGAUGGUCGGAGAUUUGCCAUGGCCUACGGUACUGGCAGCUUGUCGGGGAGGUUGGCCCAGGACACGGUUUCCAUUGGCCAACUGGUGGUGCGAAAUCAAACCUUCGGCAUGGCCAUGCACGAGCCGGGCUCCACUUUUGUGGAUACCAACUUUGCGGGGAUCGUGGGAUUGGGUUUUCGAGCCAUAGCUGAACAGAAGAUAAAGCCAUUGUUCGAGAGCAUGUGUGAUCAAAGCUUAGUGGAUGAGUGUAUAUUCUCGUUUUAUCUGAAACGUAAUGGCAGUGAACGAAUGGGUGGUGAGCUACUCUUUGGUGGUGUGGACAAGUCCAAGUUCUCGGGGUCCCUAACCUACGUACCCUUAACUCUUCCGGGCUACUGGCAGUUCCCAUUAGAUGGUGUAGAACUGGGCGGUACAAUAAUCAGCCAGAACCGUCAGGCCAUUGCCGAUACAGGUACUUCUCUAUUGGCGGCUCCUCCAAGGGAAUAUCUGAUUAUUAAUAGCCUGCUUGGCGGCUUACCCACAUCGAAUAAUGAAUAUCUGCUCAACUGUUCUGAGAUCGAUAAAUUGCCCGAAAUAGUGUUUGUUAUUGGAGGCCAGCGAUUUGGAUUGCAGCCCAGGGAUUAUGUAAUGAGGGCAGCCAAUGACGAUGGUUCGACAAUAUGUCUGUCCGCUUUCACCUUGAUGGAGGCGGAUUUUUGGAUUCUGGGAGACGUCUUCAUCGGCCGAUAUUACACCGCCUUUGAUGUGGCCCACAGGCGGAUUGGAUUCGCCCCAGCAGCCUAAACAACAUGCUUCGCUUAGUUGCGUUUCCAAUAGAUAACACACAUCCGUUCUAUUUAAUGGCAAAACUUUGCCUUAAAACGGGGCCGGAGAGAAAUCACGAGAGUUGGUAACAGAGAGGGAUUGAAACCAGUUUUGUGGAAAAAAGAGCUGACCGACUCACGUUCAGGUUCGACGAGCCCGUCGAAUAGAU